UUUCUUUACCCAAAAUGCACAGCGAAAAAGCCACGUAAACGUAAAGAAUCAUCAACGCUGUCUGUUGCUAGCAUACUGUCUAUGGUUGCUAGCCGCCCCUGCUCACUGCAGUUUCAUAGCUGCAUACUGCUUAUCACAGAUGUCCACAUAAUGCUACACUCGUUUGGGGCUUCAGAAAGAUUGCCAGAGCUGUAAGAUGUCGAUGGUGUUGUUCGCCUCUGUGGUUCGGGUCCGGGAUGGCCUGCCUCUCUCUGCAUCCACUGAUUAUGAGCAGGACAGAGAGCUUCAGGAAAGCAAGAGGCACCUCAAGGGUCUCUCCAAGAAACUCAGCCAGUUCCCUGACCGCUGCACACUUAAGACUGGACCAUACAAUGUCAAUUUUACGAGUGCACUGGGUGUUGGAUACCUGAUGGUGUGCACCGCAAACUACCCCAAUGUGCUGGCCUUCUGCUUCCUGGAUGAGCUACAGAAGGAGUUUAUUGUCACCUAUGACACGAAAAGAACCAGCAGCGCCGUGCGGCCGUACUCCUUUAUUGAAUUUGACACCUUCAUCCAGAAGACCAAACAGCGCUACAACAGCCCGCGUUCCCUGUCCACCAAGAUCAACCUGGCUGACAUGCAGACAGAGAUCAAACUGCGACCGCCCUACCAGCUCUCUCCUGAGGAACUGCAGGCUAUUAAUGGAUUCUCAGUUCACACGCCCUCUAAAUACAAAGGCAUAGCUCCCACACAGAUGUUGGAGCCAGUGACUCUCCCAGGCAUCGUGUCCUGUGUGCUCAGUAUCCUCUGUGGAGGCCUAAACCUGCUACGAGGGGUCCAUGCUAUAGAGAGUAUACUACAGAAUGACGAUGAAGACUUUAAUUACGUGAUUGCCUUCUUCCUUGGCACAGCCGCCUGUCUGUAUCAGUGCUACCUGUUUGCCUACUUCUCUGUCUGGAGGAACAGUAAGUCCUUCCUGGCAUUUGCACUCAUCUGUCUGUCCAACAUGUAUCUGUAUGAACUGAGGAACAUGUGGCAGAUCCUCUUCCAUGUGGCGGUGGGGGCCUUCAUGACCCUGCAGAUCAGACUGAGGCAGCCGCUGGGCAAAGCGCCAGACUACAAUGUCUGACAAAAACCUAAAACACAAAGAGCAAAAGGGCCUUCAGUCAGAUGGUCCCGCACAUGUCCUGGAAAUACAGCGGAGACGGCACGGAGGACAAAGUGGAAACAAAAAACAAUCCUCCCAGUUCAGGAAGAAAACCCAUAAAAUCUUGCAGCACCACAGUAGUACUCCAUCACUGCACCAGUGGACAGCUCUCAGUGUGGACUUGGAGGAAACUGCCUGAAUCAUUAAAGGAUUUUAUGGGGUUGACUUGGGAAGAUGUCUACUUCCGACCAUUGUCUGAUAAAGAUAUUUGCUUUUACUUCCUUUCAGUGCAGCCAUAGUUUAGGUCAGAGUCCUGCAUGUGUCCAAUUUUGCAAAUCUCAUACUCUCCCUGAGGGGAAAUAGGUCUUGCAGCCGGGUAAAACAGAACACACAGAGAUGUAGGCACACAGACUCAGGUACAGAAAACAUGAUAAAAUACAUCAAGUAAAAAUAGGAAACCUAGAGUAUGCCAUCGCUAAAACCAUCAUCAUCAGCCCCCAGUAGUUAUGGAAAACUAUCAUCACUUGCACUUUAGUAGUAAGGAACACGAAACCUUUCGAUACCAGAUUUCCAGGUGUUUUGAUGCACAUCAGAUACAUUGUAUGUUGCUCUUUUGAAUUUGACCAUACAUUUAAUGACAGCUUUCGAUACUUGAGCUACAGUACGGACACAUUUCUGGUUGUACCCAAAAUUAUUGAGGUACCCAGGCCUAUUAUUUCCUUAAGCUCAGCCAACAACAUAUGUAGGAUUAGGCUAGGCUUAACAAAUGUUUAGCAGUAUACAGCUGAAAUUAAACACGGUAAUCUCUAUUUUAUGUACAAACUGUACAUAGAACUCUUAUGACUGAUAAAAUGACUUGGAAAUAUGAACAUAAAAGACUGCAAGACUGGACAUUCA